AAUCUUCAAAAACUUUUGACUGGUAGUGUGUGUGUGUGUGUGUGUGUGUGUGUAUAUGUGUGUAACGGUACAUGUAUUCGUCCCCAACGGUCACGGUUAACUUCAAUACUGAGGUACGUACCGAACUGUUAUGUUUGUGUACCGUUACACCCCUAAUAAAUCUAAAUAAAUAUAUAUAUUCUUUUUUUAUUAUUAAUACAAUUUUGAUUCUCCUAAAUUCUCCUCUUAUGAAUUUUUUAUAACCUUGAGCGUCUGUCUGUCUUCAGAGUAUGAUGUAAUAGGUCCUUAGUUUUCCCUAAUGUAAGGAAGUGAAUAAAGAUAUUCAGAAUUAUAUUAAUAAUUGAUUGAUUGGAUCCAUGCAUUAUGAUUGGAUUAGUGCAAUUAAUUUAAUUGAUUAUAUUAAUAAUUGAUAUUAAUAAUUAUAGAAUUAUUCCCAUAUCUAUUCAUACAGUCUUCAAAGGAGGAUGCAUGCAUAUGUUUGUAUGACUUUAUUAGACUGUCUUUUCUUUAAAUCUGUCAACUAUGUUCAUUACUGUGUGAGACGUGCAGUAGGCAUUUUGUAGUGCUUUAGCAUGCACUGUUGAUUUUUUUUUUUGACUUUUGUGGCUUCCUGUCUCUUUAUGUGAUAGACGUCCUAUUUAUGUAUGUGGGUGUUUCUGCAACUACGGGCACUUAAAUUUUCCAGUGGUGAAAUUUGAGUUUAAUGUUAAAAUUUGUCAUCUGAUGCUUUAUAAAUAUAAACACAGUGUCAUUACACACCUUGACAUAAAAAAUAAUGAAUGAAUAAUAUGAUUUAAUGAAAAAUUAUGAAGCAUUUAUAGGUCCAAACAUUUUUGCUCAUGUCCUACACCUGUGGUCUCAAUGCUGAGAUACAUAAAAUUAGCUAAUUCUUUUACAAUUUGACAUAAUUUCAAAUUAAUUAGUUUCAUAUAAAUGUUACUUUACACCAUCCUAAAGAUCUUUUUUUGUUUACUAAUCAUUUAUAUGAUUUUUUUUCAUCUAAAUACACCUGUCCCACACUUUUGAGUCCUUACCGCAACACUGAGAAAAGACUCUUAAUAUGACAUUUGUUCAAAGCCAAACAAAUCUAGUUUCUAUGGAAACAGAAAUUAGCAUGUGAGCACAUGGCUGACACCCCCAUUAGGUCACUCACAAGAUCCAGAAAACUAAGUGUUAAACGGGAGUUCUCAAGAGGAAGUGUGUGUGCGUGACGUCAAGAUCCUUCCCAACUUCAAUGCUUCAUAUUUACCAAUGAUGCCAGAUGGCUCGGUGCUGCUGGUGGACAAUGUUUGUCAUCAGUCAGGAGAGAUUGCCAUGGCAUCAUUUUAUAGAAUGGACAGCGAGUCUAGCCACCUUCCCAGCAUGCUCAGUGCUCUAGAGGAGCAGAACUUUCUCUUCCAGCUGCAGCUCAAUAACCAGCCACAAGAUGAUUCAAAUGAGGGACUGGAGGUGCCAUUAGUUGCAGUCUUACAGUGGUCUACUUCUAAACUGCCCUUCACCAACUCUAUCUACACUCACUAUAGUCUCCCCAGCGUGAGACUGGACCGGCCGCGCUUCAUUAUGACGGCCAGCUGUCCCAGCGCGGUCAAGGCCCGUGAGCAUUUCCGGGUGCGAUAUACCCUCCUCAACAACUUGCAGGACUUUCUGGCAGUCCGACUAGUCUGGACACCUGAAGGUCGUGGACAGAAAGAGGAUCCUGCAGUGAAUGCUGUGGUGUGUCAUUCUCCUCUCAGUAACCUGGGCUACUGUCGAAAAGGCAGUACCCUCUCCGUCAGUGUGGCUUUCCAGAUACUCCGAGCUGGCCUUUUUGAGUUAAGUCAGCACAUGAAACUGAAGCUACAGUUCACAGCAUCCGUGUCCAACCCUCCCCCUGAUGCCCGUCCUUUGUCCCGCAAGAACAGUCCGUCGAGUCCAGCGGUCAGAGACAUUCUGGACCGUCAUCAGGCCAGUCUUAGUCUGGGCCGCUCUCAGUCCUUUUCUCACCAGCAACCAUCCAAGUUUCACCUCACAAGGACAGGCAGUGUUAUGGAGCGCAGGGCCAUCACCCCUCCCGUGGGUUCUCCUGUUGGUCGGCCGCUGUACCUCCCUCCAGAUAGGAACAUUUUGUCGCUUGACAAAAUUGCCAAGCGUGAGUGCAAGGUGCUGGUUCUAGAUUCCCACACCUAAAUGCACACAUGCACACACACAGGGAGAAGACUUAUAUAUUCUGGAACUUUGGGAAAGAAUCAUGUGUCAUGAAGUAGUGUAAUUGGAAAAAAGAUUUUAAUGUCCAUUGUCGUUCAGUUUCUAUUCAACUUGUAUUUAUUUUGUUCCUUUUACCAGCAUUCAUUGUUUACAUGCUGUACAGUGUGAUUAUUUUAAAUAAUUUUGAUGCAAUUUAUGUGCAGCUACUGACAAUUUUGACUGAAGGAAUGAAUAGAAGGCAUAAACACACAGGGUUUUUAUUGUUUAUUUAUAGGACAUUUCACUGAAGUCAAGAAGUUCUGAAAGUAAAAAAAGAGUGUAUUUAUAGCUGUUUAAGGGAAGGAUGGAUGGUUAUGGUUAGUAAUGCUCAGAAAUCUCUACAGAUUUUUUGAAGAAAUUUAGCAAAGGACCUACCCCUUGCUUUUUGGUUAACAGUUCAAUAGUUUGGCUAUUUUGGUAACGUUUUCAGCUACCAAUUAGAGUCCGUAUUUAAAUCCAUUCUGUAGAUUUGUCCUCAAAAAUCAAUGCAGAAAAUAUGAAGAAGACAGCAUAUUUCAUCUGGGCCUAGUCAUAUCCCAUUGUAAAAGCAUGUAACAUGCAAAAGCACAUCCCCCCCCUGCCCCGCCCCCCUUCUCUGUUCGCUACCUAGUUUUGGAUAGAUUUUUUUUUAGAUGUCUUUACAUUUCAUUAGUCAACACUGCCAACAUUUCCCUGCCCAUGUUUAAUUCCUAUUUGCCAUUUGCAUUCCACUUUGUAAAAGUGCUUUUAUUGUUUUUCUUAAAUACUUGAAAGAUGGUUUGCAAUGUUGUAGCUGUGGGCAAUCAGAACAUUUCUUUAAUUUUCAGUCCUGUACACUGGAAUGUUUUUGGUCUGGCCUUAAUGGUACCAUGUAGUGUAACUCCAUGUCACCAAUAUUCCUUACUCUUUCAAUAGUUAUAUGUACGUGUUGUUAAAUUAAUAUUUAUUUGAGGUUUUCAUCAAUUAUUUCACUGUAACACUCCAGUUCAUCAAGUUAUGUUAACUUUUACAGGUUUCCCAUGUAAUCACACCUUUCAAUGCCUGAGAGCGGGUAAAUCACUUCUGGUUCUUGAAGGUGGAGCUUGUGUUAUUGGCCGGUGCCAUUUUAUUUCUGCUCCUCCUUUUAUAGAUUUAGAAACAUUCUGUCACAUUCCUACUGCAAUGUGUGCUCUCAGAUAUGUGGUCUAAAUUUUUUGCUCCAGAAUGAUCUUAUCCCUCUCCUACUAGAUGUCCAGGAACAAAUUCUAGGUUAGUGUCAGGGGAGAUUCUGGCCGUACAGUAGUAUUGAUUUUCUAUGCAUUUAUGCUAAACAUCAUACUUUCACAGAGAGCUUCAUAUCCACAACCCCUUUGGCUGUAGUGAUAAUCAAUUAUCAACUGGCGUAAAGUGUGACCCCAUCGAGCCAUUUAAUGGGGUUAUGAUUGAUUUCGCUUUGCAUCAGUGUUUACAUGUGAGGACUACUGACUCAUCCUUGGGACUGAAAAAGCUUUUCCUUUGUUGUGGAAUGUCAAACAUGAUUUUAUAUUGUCUCUGAAUAUAGGAUCUUGAAUGUUUUUCGAACAAAAAUAUUUGGACAGACUUCUUAUUCUGCAGAAAAUUAACACACUGAUCCAAAACCAUAUUGUGGAUGUAGAUAAAAUGUUUUAAUAUAAACACUGUGAUGUAUUUUAAUUUUCAAAUUCUCAAUCCAUUUCACUUGUGUUUUCCAUUUAUGCAUCUUGCAAUUUUUUUUUGACUAUGUAAUUAUUAUUUUACAUCACAGACUUGUGAAGAAAGCAAUUAGACUGUUUAUUGCAGAAGGAAAUGUUCAGAAAAUGUUUGUUAUACUACUUUCUAGGGCAUCAAUUCAUUACAUUUCAUUUUAUUUUCAACAAAGAUGUAGACGAUCUUGUUUAUUUUUUUGUAAGCACUUUAUUAAAAUUUUUUAACUUAUUUUUUGGGGGGGAAAGAAGAAAUGUUCAAACAAAGGAUCAUAUGCGUUCCUGAGCAGUCUGGUUCAAAAACUCAAAAAUGUUUGGAUUCUUUUUUUUCUUUGUACACACAGAACUUGACGUUGCAGGGAUGAGAAAUGCCAACUCUAACCACUGGAUUUACUCCCAGUCUGUAUAAAUAUCCCGAGGUUAGAAGUUGUGCAAAAGGUAUCACAGCUGUUGAGGCAAUAUAUGUUGAGUAUUGCGCUUGUAUUGUGUGUUUGGACUGUCUGCAUUUUUUGAAUUGCAAAGACCUGCCAAGAAGCUCUUCUGAGGGAAAAGUCCUUGUGACACUCAAACAUAUAGAUAGCUGGUCGAGCAAGACAAUUUUUACUUUUCUCCUUUAUGAACUGCUGCUUUGCGCCUUUUUGUUUUUAUACAGCUUUAUUUACAAUGCUGUUUAAAGUGUUAACAAAAGUGUUGGAAAUGUGUUGUUGGAUAUUGGAUUGUUGCACUUGAACAAGUUGAAUAAAAGCAGUCAGGGCAUAAA